AUGCCUACAACUCUUGGAUCCAAUGCUACUACCCUUGGACCGCAGCAUAUCCUGUGCUCAUGUCUGCAGCUAGGGUGUUCACAAAAGAGGAUUGAGUACAUGGGCAAAGUCUAUGAAGGCAGAUUGUUCAGUCGAACCAGAUAUCCAAAGCACCUUGCAGAAAUCAAUAGCUUAUCGGAAACCACCACACCUCUGCCUGCCAACCAUCCAGCCCCACAAAGGGAACCACCUGGUUUUGCUCAGUCCUCCAUUUUGCCAGGUCCGGCUCCAGUUGUCCAGGUUGCUUCAACCAGUCGUGCAGUAUUGCAGCCUGCGCUCCCACCAAUUGGAGCUGCCACAGCUAUGCGCAGCAACAAACGGGCCAGAGAUACUGAAGAUGACGAAAGCAUGUCAGGCCCUCGCCAGCCAAAAGCUCCCCGACAAGAUCAUGGUCACAUGCAAAUCACAACUUCCACCCCACGUCGAUUCUUGCAGGAUCCGCUAUGCAUGCGUGAAAUGUUCAAAGUCGCCAAAGAACACCUGUUCCAUAACGUCGGGGUCAAAGCUUGUAACAAAAGCCUUGCCAAAGCUAGAGAGAGUGUCAAGGAACAAAAGCUCACACAAGAUCCAACAACCAGCAACGAAUUUUGGAAAGAAAUUCCUCUAGGCCUUCCAACCCUUCUGAAGACACUCAAACUGGAACCAUCUGUACAAUCAAAAACAUGUUGCCCAUUCUGCUGUGCUUUGUCUUCCAUUCAAGAACCUUUACCCCUCAAUGCAUCACCAGUUCCACUCUGUGAUGUCCCACGAUUUACUACAAAAGCGUCAACUACUCUACCCCGCGAACCUUGUCAAUCUCCUCUCUACGAGAAACCAUCAGGAACUGUUCAGAAACCCAUGCGCCUCUUCUUUUAUCAGUCGCUACGUUCUUGGCUUGGCAAGAUGCUUCAGUAUCACUACUUUGAAGAAGGCAGUGACGCACACCUCAAUCGUCAGCAACCUGCCAAUGAUAGAAUGGAUGAUAUAUGGGAUGGUACAUUGUGGAAAACCUUCCAGAAAGACAGCAACGAAGACUUCAGUUGGUGUCAUGCUCCUCACAUGUUUCAACCUACCUCCAACAAUACGAUACAAAAAAGAGAACAUCUGCAUUUAUGGUAUCAUGCCAGGUCCAUCGGAACCAUCACUGUCGGAAAUGAAUCAUUUUCUCAAACCACUAGUCACUGA